AUUCAAAUUCAAAUUCAAAUUCAAAUUCAAAUUCCAUACACAUUACCUCAGGGUGAAUUUAAAAUACGCCGCAGUCUCACUUUGGCCAUCAAUCUCAUUUUUUUUUUCCAACUUCUCGAUUUCCAAAAUAAAUUGGGUGAAUAAUUCUUCGACUGGUCAGCCUGUCACGUUAUUGAAGAUCAUUCACUUGGUAAUUACCGAUUGAUUGAUUACUUUUGGUCGCACACUCGGUGUUCAAUUGCCCAACACGGACUACAACAGGUCAUCAACCAGUCUCCUCACAACCCUCCUCGUUUACAGCCCACCUCACGAACGAUAAUAAUCGGUGUUUUGGACUUCAAUAUGUCGUCAAAUCGGCCUGCUGCCUUCUCGAGCUUAAGAAUGGGAGAAGUAAUCCGCGAAAAGGUUCAAGAUGGCGUUACGGGCGAAACCCGAGAUAUGCAAUAUACACAAUGCAAGAUUGUUGGAAACGGUUCCUUCGGUGUGGUCUUUCAAACCAAGUUGUCACCUUCAGGAGAAGAUGCUGCCAUCAAACGCGUUUUGCAAGACAAGAGAUUCAAGAAUCGUGAAUUGCAAAUCAUGCGCAUUGUUCGUCACCCCAACAUCGUCGAAUUAAAGGCAUUCUAUUAUUCCAACGGCGAGCGAAAGGAUGAAGUAUAUCUUAAUCUAGUGCAAGAAUUCGUUCCUGAGACUGUUUACCGCGCAUCAAGAUAUUUCAACAAGAUGAAGACAACAAUGCCGAUCAUCGAAGUCAAGCUUUACAUCUAUCAACUCUUCCGCGCCCUCGCCUACAUCCACUCACAAGGAAUCUGCCAUCGUGAUAUCAAGCCACAAAAUUUGCUCUUAGACCCCGGCAGUGGAAUUUUGAAGCUGUGUGAUUUUGGUAGUGCAAAGAUACUCGUAGAGAAUGAGCCAAACGUUUCAUACAUUUGCUCACGCUACUACAGAGCACCCGAGUUAAUUUUCGGUGCUACUAACUACACAACCAAGAUUGAUGUUUGGUCAACUGGCUGUGUGAUGGCAGAAUUAAUGCUUGGUCAACCACUCUUCCCAGGCGAAUCUGGUAUUGAUCAACUUGUCGAAAUUAUCAAGGUCCUAGGUACACCCACUCGGGAUCAAAUCCGUACCAUGAACCCCAACUAUAUGGAGCAUAAGUUCCCUCAGAUCAAGCCACACCCAUUCAACAAGGUCUUCCGCAAAGCUGAUGCUAGUGCCAUCGAACUCAUCUCCAAGUUGUUAGAGUACACUCCCACCGAGAGACUUUCAGCCAUUGAAGCUAUGGUCCACCCAUUCUUUGAUGAGUUGCGUGAACCAGACAAGACAUUCCCGGAUUCUCGCCACCCCGGAAACUCAGCAAAGAAUCUCCCAACUUUGUUCGAUUUCUCUCUUCAUGAAUUAUCCAUUGCACCGGAACACAACCAACGGCUGGUACCGCAAUAUACUCGCGCAGGUUUGGUAGCAAGAGAUAGCAAACUUGAUAUUGAUAGCCCAGAUUUCAAACCAUUGACGAGAGAUGCGAUGAUGGCAAGAUUAGAUUGAGGGAGGAGUUAAAGCAAAAUGACUGAUGAAUGAAUGCUUUCCUGUCGCUCGGCCUUAGAGCUCUGCAAUGGAGUCGAGAUUUUUCGAGCGAUAACACCCGGCGAUAAAAAACCCCCAGCAUAUUAAAGGUUCUGCAUAUCUCGUCUGCAACGUUGGCAGGCCAAAAUCAAGUUUGUGGAAGUCCGGGAGAUGCAUGGCAGGAAUACGAAGUUAGUCUAUGAUGAUGGUAUGCGUUAUUUGGUUUGAUAGGAAUACCCAUAAGGUGGAAUUUUCGUUGAGCACGAGUUUUCAGUUCCAGCUAAGGAUUACUCCCUUGGUACUCGAAACAGCGGUGAUUGGGAAAAGGGAUAUGAAAUAUGAUGGAUAUUGAUUCAUGAGGGGGGU